CAAAAGUGGAAUAACCGUGGUCUAAUGAACUACAACCCUAAAAACCCCAAUCCCGCAGAUGUUCCCAAGGAGAUCUUCCUAAAAGUCAACCACGAAAACCCGAACUGGUGGAGAUACGAUAGUCAGUUCCGCAAGGAUCUCAUCAGGUCCAGAGUGUUCGCAGAAGAAGCGCCGGUAUUGGAUCGCAUGCUUCCGGACCCUCCAAAGAGAAAGGUGGUUUGGGACAGAUUCUGUCAGAAACUCUUGAAUGAGAUCGUUCUCGAAAGAGGAGAGAAAUGGGACGAGGUCGCCGAAUUCUUUAAAGAACUUGCACCGAGUCAAAUAACCAAAACCACCACACCCAUACCCUCGCCUGCAGGCUUGGCACGCAGAUUCUAUGUAAAUUUCUUCGUGGAGGGAAGAGGUGUUGUCACCACGAGGCUCCCGCGCAACAAGCACUGGUCUGGAGCAGAUGAUAAAGCCAUCCACGAUGCCAUCAUCAAAUAUGGAGCAUACACAGGAAAAUGGGCGUUAAUUUGCCAAGCAGUUCCUGGACGGUCACCACUUGAUAUCUGGAAACGUUACAUUAUGUACGCAUGGCCGUAUCGCGAUACCACUUCCAGCUGGACCCAUGGUGAAGAUGAACUACUUUUGCAAGGCAUAGCCCGCUUUGGCGUCGAUUAUGAGAGUGUUCGCGUCAUGUACCUCCCUGACCGCUCCACAUUCUCGAUCGCCAGACGAUGGAUCAAAGUCAAGUGGCCAUUCUACAUGCUCGCGAAAUUUGGUCUGCUCCGGUUCUGGACCUAUGGCAGCUAUCACAAAAGACUUCCUCGCCACCAGGUCGGAUUUAGAGGAAUCAGGAAUUACGACGUAGAAGAAGAUUAUGAAAACCUAAGCAGAAAAGGCCAGGAAAAACUUAACUGGGAAGUGGGUAUCAGGACGACGUAUGUCCCGACCGAGGCUGAAGAGGAGGAGGAUUGGAAUAAGAUGAAUCAAGAAUACAAUCAGGCGCUUCACGAAGAGGAAUGGGAGUCGGAGAAGGAAAAGGGGAACAAGAAGAAGGGGGACAAAGAGGAAUGCCGAUUUGGAGGAUGCUGAGGGUUGAUCGACUGAAAUUCACGGACCCAUUAGCGAAGAUGGGCCUCAAUACCGGCCUUUUGGGGAGAAUGCUUAUGAUGGUUGGUGGCCUGAGCCUGAACAGAUCGAGCUGAUCAGCGAAGACAUGACUCAAGAUGGGGUUGAAGAACACGCUUCUGAGGAUCAAUCGACCGAAAAGGCUGGACUCACCAGUACGGAAACCGCGAGACGAGUUGCAGGCGCCCGGAAGCCGCUGAGAAGAACCGAAAGUACCCCAAC